UGACUGUCAAACCAACAAGCUCGAGAUUCAGAAUGAAAAUCCACCAUGCUCUGUUCUUCUGCGUCUUAUCAGCAGGAUUAUUUGACAAAAAUACUCAUCUCAUCAACGCACAAACAAACCUUUAUACAAAGGUGGAAGGCGAAGACUUCAGAAUUAAACUUGACCAUGAAGUGCCUGCAGGAAGCAGAAAAUAUAUCUGCAGGAAUGACACUGAAAAGGAAGACAUCCUCAUUGAAACUACUGAAAACAGAGCUGAGAGUGGCAGAUACAUAAUACGAUACAACAUAAGUGACAAGAAAGUGCACGCAGUCAUCAAAGAGCUGACCCAGUCUGACUCUGGACGGUACAAAAUUGGCGUGAGCAAUUCUUCGUCCCAGAAUUUAUUUCAGGAAGUAGAGCUCAAAGUUAGAGAACUCUGUGAAGAAGAUAUCACCAAUGGUAAACCCAAAGUCUACAGUGCUACUGUGGGAGGGGAGGUUACAAUCAGAUGCCUCUUGCCUUUACAUUCACUAAACAUAAAGUUCCUCUGUAAAGACGAAUGUAAAACAACGAUCAUCAACACAAAUAAUCUCACAAUUAUGAAUGGCAGAUAUGAAAUUGAGUAUUGGAGUAACACGGCCUUUAAUGUGACCAUCACAAACCUAAUCAAGUCGGACUCUGGGCGGUACAAGUGUGGCGUGCGAAAAAAAGAUGCAAAAAAUACAUGCCUGGAAUUUGAGAUCUCAGUAACAGAUGGUGAGUUUCUACUGGAAAAUGUACCUGCAUGUCUCCGGGUCUGAUGAACGACUUUACUGAUACAUGUAAUGG